AGGGAGAGAGGAAAACAAGAAACAGCGUCACAGCGAAGAUUAAAUAAAUUUACAAGUGACCGAAGCUGAUAAAAGCGCAAAAAUCGAAAUUUAAAAAGCAUUUUGCGGCCAAACAAAGAACAAUUAAAAAUCAGACUUGAAAGUGUCGUAAAAUCAAGAAAAAACAAAUAUAUAAAGUUCCCCGAAAGUGCCGUUUUCCCUCCCCAAAAAAUAAAAGAGUGAAAUAAAGUGCGAAUCGGAGUUACCAGGUGGGCAUGGCCCACUGCCCGCCACCAAGAAUCCGCCGGAGCAUCCGAACGAGAAGCUGCCAUUGACCUCUUAAUCGAAUUAAGUGCAAAAUUAUUUAGUGGAAAUCAUAAGGAGGAAUUAACAUCGCCUCUCAGUGUUGCUGGCGGCGGCUCUCCGUACACCAACCUCCCAUAUCCCGCAUCCCGAAGACCCCGGACCAGUCUCCCUUUGCCGUACCCGUGCCCGUCUCCGUGUCCGUCUCCGUCGUCCGUCUCCGGGUUUCAGUCUCGCCGCCAGCAAUUGAAAUCGCGCACGAACUCCGCGACAAAAGAAGAUGCAUUUUAAGUGAAUUUCCUGUGCGCCGAAGCCAAUUAAGCCGCUGAAAAUCCAAUCCCAUUUGUGAAAUCCCCUCCCCAAAAAAUAGAAAGGAAAAUCCAUCUGCGAUGGCCACCACACCAACGGCUGGACCAGCAGCAUCAGCAGCUCCACCGACCUCAACGCCCCAAAACUACAAGGUGCCAUCGACCAGCAAGAUAUCCGUGGAUAAGCUCCUCCGCGUGGGAUACUAUGAGUUGGAGAAGACCAUCGGCAAGGGUAACUUUGCCGUGGUCAAGCUGGCCACGAAUAUUGUGACCAAGACAAAGGUGGCCAUCAAGAUUAUAGACAAGACAUGUCUGAACGAGGAGUACCUGAGCAAGACCUUCCGCGAGAUCUCGAUCCUGAAGUCCCUGCGCCACCCGCACAUAACGCGGCUCUACGAGGUGAUGGAGUCCCAGUCGAUGAUCUACCUGGUGACUGAGUAUGCACCAAAUGGUGAGAUCUUUGAUCAUUUGGUGGCCAACGGAAGGAUGAAGGAGCCGGAGGCGGCGAGGGUCUUUACCCAACUCGUGUCCGCCGUUCACUAUUGCCACCUGCGCGGAGUGGUGCAUCGCGAUCUCAAGGCUGAGAAUGUUCUGCUCGAUAAGGAUAUGAACAUUAAGCUCGCUGACUUUGGCUUUAGUAAUCACUACGAGGAGGGCGCCACUCUGAGGACUUGGUGCGGCUCACCGCCAUAUGCUGCUCCCGAGGUGUUUCAGGGCUUGGAAUACGAUGGGCCCAAGUCGGAUAUCUGGAGUUUGGGUGUGGUUCUCUAUGCCUUGGUCUGUGGGGCUUUGCCCUUUGAUGGCAAGACCAUUCUGGAGCUGAAAAGUCGUGUGGUUUUGGGGAAAUUCCGGAUUCCCUUCUUCAUGUCGCAGGAAUGCGAGCAGCUGAUCCGCAAUAUGUUGGUCGUAGAGCCAGAUCGUCGGUAUACCAUAAAGCAGAUCAUCAAGCAUCGAUGGCUCAGCGAAUGGCAAUCGGAGCUGCAGGAGGAGGAGCGCUACGAGGCUUUCACCUGCUCGGGAACGCUGUCAAAAUCGGCUUCCGCCUCCUCCCUAGGCAGCAGCAGUGCUCCGGACUCACCGCCGCAGCUGGACUCGGUGGUGAUGACGCACAUGCUUCAGCUACCCGGGCUGACUGCCGACAUGAUUGCCCAAUCGGUGCACGAGCAGCGCUUCGACAACAUCUAUGCCAUAUACAACCUGCUGCAGGACAAGCUGCUGCAGCGACGGCGCGACAACCAAAGACUGCAGCACCAUGCCAGCCUGGUCUACUCCCGGUCCCGCAAGACGAGCAUAACGACGGGCGUGGUGGAUCGCUCGGAGCCCGUCAAGCAGGAAUCUCUGGACCGACUGAGUCCACUGAGCAGUGCCACCAAUGCCUCCAGCACGGCAUUGGGCUUUGGCUGGUCCGAUGUGGCCGUGGAUCUGGAGAAGUACGGAGAUUUCGAGCUCGAAUGCCUGGCGCGAUCCAAUGAGCCUCCUGUCAAUCCGCAGCACUUGAGCGCCCAACCGGGAGGUGGAGUCAAUGGAGCGAAUACCCGACGCCAUACAGUGGGACCCGGGGAUGUGGCCCACGAACAGGCACUGGCCAAUCCCCAUGUGCCGCCCAUUGACUUCAAGUGCCCGCCACAAUGCAGCGAUCCUGCGCAGCCCACGACGGUGCCCUAUUAUCCCAUGAAUCUGCCCAUGCUGCAGAACCAGCCGCUGCACAAUCUCACCAUCAAGGAUCAGCAUCUGCUCAAGCCGCCGGUGGUCAUGGGAGCCAGCUCCUUUGGGCGACGUGCCUCGGAUGGCGGCGCCAAUCUUCACAUCUAUUAUCCCGCCACGGGCACUGUGGGUGGACCAGCUCAGGGCCAGCAAAUGGACACCGCUGGCUACUAUAUCAAUCCCAAUUGUGGCACUGAUCCCUCAGCGGUCCAAGAGCUGUCGCCGCUCAAUGAGCAGGCAGCAGCUCAGAUGCAUUGCUGCCAGGAGAACGAUAGUGGGGAAUGUAAUGAGGAGCUUCAGAGUUAUAUGCAAAAGCGUGGUCUGGGCAAGCGUCAUACUGUGGGAUGCACGGAAGAUCUCUCUGUGACACAUGGUCCGGGUCCAGGCUCUCAAACGCAGGCGCCAACUACCUCCAGCAACAUGCGACAGAGAAGAACGGGUCUGCUGACGGUCACCGAAAGGCCGCCAGUGAUUCCCCCCGAGCUCAUACGCGAGGUUGAGUCUCGCAUGAACCGUGACUACUUGCCGCCCACCUUGAAAUCUCUUAGCCAAUCGCCACCGAAUGGCACAUAUCCUGUGGGUGUGGGCCCCAUGGGCAUGGGCAUGGGCAAGGGCUUGUCACCGCCCCACUCCCUGCCCCUGGUUGCAUCUGCGGGCGCGGUCUCCUCCGUCCCACUGGUGGCGGCCAAUAAUCGGCGCAAUUAUCGGGCUGUCCACUCCAAGUUGCCCACCGUUCAGGAGGGUGCGACAAUAGGACGUUAUAGUCCAGUGCGUCGGGCGUCGGAGGGAUCCAAGAGCCAGUUCCAGGGUCCGCUUCAGGAAUGCCAAUCCCUGCAGAAAGGUAUUGCACAGAGAAACUUUUUGGUUGCACCCAGUCCGCCGCUUUUAGAAAAUUCGAUUAGUCUGCCAGGUAACCCCAUACAUGGCAAGCCGGUCAUGGGCCUGCAGCUGACUUUGCGACGUGGCCAUGACAUUGAAGUUCCUCCGGAGGCCAUCAAGAAUCUAAUGCCCGCCUUGGACCGCCUGGUCAAGGAGCAGCGGGUGAGCUUCGAAAUAGCCAACAAGAUAAUCUCAACGCACGUGGUGCCCAUGGAGCUGGCCCACCUGCUGGGACUGGCGGCUCAUGCCUCCAGCGCGGCGGCGGUGAGUGGUGGGCACCUGGAUCAGAGCCACUUGCUGCACCAUCAGCAGCAGCAGCAGCAGCACAUGCACAGCUUCAGUGUGUCGCCAUUGAGUAUGCCACCGCAGGGUGGAGCUGUGAAUGCCUCGCUGGCUUUAUCCUCCGCCAAGCAGAUGUUCGGUCAACCCAUCUGCGGCUACCAGCAAUAUCAACCAAUGACGUUAGUCCUGCAGCAGCCGCAACAGCACCACCAGCAACUCCAGCAGCAGCAGCAGCUGGUGGGUCAGUUCAGCAGCAUCAAUCUGGGCGCCGCUAGCAACUCCAACUCGAGCAGCGGCUGCCAGUCGCCGGUGUACAAUAGCAGCAGCUUCAGCGGCAGCUGCUCACCCAAUCCCUAUCUGCCCGGCGGUGGUGGAUCCUCGCCGCUCCAUCAGAUCACCAAAGGCAUUUCGGGUUUGAGCACAGGCUGCGCCGGUGGUUCCAUCACCCGUGGCACUUCGGCGGCGUGCGAAGGAGCAGCGGCAGCUGCUGCGGCGGCCAAUCAGCCCUUGGACUUAUCCAUGGAUGUGUGCGGGGGAGUGAUGGAUCAGCAGCAGCCAACGGAUUAUGCAGCCACCAAUUGGUUUAUGCCCGCGGCAGCCUCAUUUUACGAUCUGAAACCACUGAAUCUGUCGCCAGCACAGCCUGUAAGAGUGGUGCCCACACCCCCGGCCUCGCCGAACUUGUGCAUCAUCCAGGAGGAGAACGGAAAUGGGCAGAUGUGCCAUACCAUAAGUACGGGAACACCAUAUGCGGGGUGUACCGGCGGCAUAACGCCACAGAUCUGUCUCACCGAUGUCCAGGGCAGUGAGAUCACCCUGGUGGCUUUAUCCUCGGAUAAUAGUCGGGAUAGCGAGGAUUCACUGGAGCCGCACACGCCGGUUAUGUCGCUGCAGGGUCUUAUUAUCACCGAACCCAGCAGCGAUAUGCCUUCGAUAACCCGCGGCAUUGGACGCAAGGCCAGCCUGGACUGUGAACCAAGCGGUGGUGGUGGAGGAGGAGGAGGAGGUGGAGUCAGCCAUUGCCCAGUGAAUCCGGCACAAUCACAGGCUCAAACCGAGGCCCAGUGCCGGCGGGGCAGCGACAAAUCGCUGGGCUUCUCGGAUGACUCUCUCAGCAACGACUCGAAUAACCUGUCGCCCUGCCAGGAGCCCUCGGCCAGCUCCGGCUUCAAGUCGGACUCCCACUCGGAGAUGGGUGAUCACACGGAAUGUGGCCAUCUGACCCCCGAUUCCAUGUGCGACUCCCGUCGCAUGUCCGAUGAGAUGUGCUAUGAGGUUCCCCUGCCGCACGAAUGCUCCAAUCUGGACUCCACUCGAAUCCUGGAGAUGGUCAAGCAAACCAUAGACUCGACCAUGCCGCCAAAGGGAUUUGUGUUGCACAAGGGCAGCAUCAGCUCAGAGGACAGCGGGGCAGAGUCGCGUCACAGCAGUGCCUCCAAUGCCUCCACUUCGAAUCCCUUGGCCUGCGAAGCAGCUUCAUCUCUACUGGCCUAUGGCGGCGAGCCCACGACCAAUCUUAGUUUGGAGUAUUCGGGCGGCCUGCAGAUCGAACUGCAGGUGUGCGAGGGACGCAGCCGCGAUCAUCACGGAGCGGCCAAGGGCAUCAAGCUGCGACGCAUCUCCGGAGAUCAGUUCGAGUAUGGAAAGAUAUGCCAGCAGCUGAUUAGCACCAUAACCAUGCAGCAGGUGGCCGGCUAGGGAGUGCUAAUCCCUGCCAGCCGAACUACUACUAGCCGAUGACUACACUCGCCUUGCCUAAA